AUGACGAGCUUCAUCUAUGCCCGGCAAUACGAUGGGGAGUUCCUGGAAGGCCUUACCCUGAAGGUACUGCUGGCUGCAUCAAUAACCACUGCGAUCGUCGCUCCUGUGUCCUUCGUUGUCAGAAUCUUGUUGUCCAAACGUCGGGGUCACCGCAUCCUCAGCCUGAACUCUGCUUUAAGUGUGCUCGCUUUGAUCGCGGGGCUUAUCGCUGUUGCUCUCUUCACCAGCUUCGCUGUCGCGUCGAGGUCCUUCUUGGCGUGGCUUCCUGGUCUGCCCCUUAUUCUAGGUCUCACCUACCUGGUCCUCUCGUUCUGGCCGCUAUAUUGCGGUCGGCUCUGGUCACCAGCAGCACCUCUAUUAGCAGUGGCCUUUUCUUGGACUCAUGGAGCGUUGUUGGCGACAACAUUCUUGCUCCUCCUCGUUGCUUUAGCUCUUGAAAAACGCGGCCCCACAGGAAAGCAGGUCUCGACCAGGCAUCGUGCUACCGUUGCCAUCUAUUACCUGCUUGCCAUCAUUCAAGCACUUUCGAAUGCUUUCUAUGUGGCAGUCCACUCUGACGAACUAUACAAUAAGGACAGUAGGGACGAGGUCUAUACCGAUUACGGGGGUGUCUACGUCUAUGUCGAUCAUACCGACAGGGGACGCACCGCUGGCGUCGCUGCAAGCGUCACCGCUCUGUACGUGAGACUUGAUCCUUGA